AUGGCCACCCCGAAUCUCCCGAUUUCUGCCGUCUUGAAGCAGGGAUCUUCGAUGGGCGAUGAGUUUGAUCAACGACGAACAAAGGACGAGUACCGAAAGCAGAAGGACUUGGAGGAACAGAGAAAAGCCGGAACGGCACCAGCUAUGGUGGAUGUAGAAACCGGAAGAGACAUCAAUCCUCAUAUCCCUGAGUUCAUCGAGAAGACACCAUGGUAUAUCCCACACUCCGGUCCAACUCUGCAAGUAAGCUUUAAAACAUUUAUUGUUUUUUGUUUAGGAAGUUUCUCCGAUCAUUCAUGAAUUGUGUAAUUUAAAUUCUUAACAUUUGGUUUUAGCAUCAACGUCCACAUCCCGAACGACAGAAAAUGGAGGCAAAGUUGGCCGAGUGGUAUCCCCGUGGAACAACUGGGCGAGUGGCUACCAAGUUCAGAAAGGGCGCCUGUGAGAACUGCGGAGCUAUGGGGCAUAAGAAAAAAGAUUGUUUUGAAAGACCCAGAUCGAAAGGAGCUAACAAAACAGAGUCAAACAUUGCUGCUGACGAUUAUGUUGCCCCAAAAUUGGAAUUGGGAUAUGAUGCGAAGAGAGAUCGAUGGAAUGGGUAUGAUGCAUCUAACUAUAAAGAGGUUGCUCAGGAUUAUGAACAGAUGGAAGAGACGAGGAAACUUAUUAAAAAUAAAAAUGUGCGUGACAGCUUAUUCUACUUUCUUAUUUAUUAGGUGAUAUGUAAUGCGAGCACGAUUAUGACUUGUUUUACGCUAUUUACCGUAUGAUUUUAGAUACAAGAUGGAGUUGAGGAUGCACCAGAAGUCGAACAAGAUGAAGAUAAAUAUGCUGAUGAUGCUGCUCCUGCUCAGAGUGUAGAUAUGGACUCCCGAACACGAAUUACUGUCAGAAACCUCCGAAUCCGAGAAGACACGGCUAAAUACUUGUAUAAUCUCGAUCCCAACGGGCCUUAUUAUGAUCCUAAAUCAAGGUCGAUGAGAGAAAAUCCAUUUGCUGGUCGUCCUGGAAAGGAACAAGAGGCUGCAAAAUUUGCCGGGGAGAAUUUUGUCAGAUAUACAGGAGAAGUUGUGGAUGCAAAUAAAGCACAGGUCUUCGCGUGGGGAGCGAAACGACAAGGUAUUGAUGUGCAUGCCCUGGCCGAACCAACAAAAUUGGAGCAACUCCGGAAAGAAUACGAGAAGGAGAGCAGUGGAACAAAAGAUGAGACCAAACAGAAACUCCUGGAGAAGUAUGGCGGUGAAGAACAUCUCAAAGCCCCUCCCAAGGAACUUCUCUUGGCGCAGACUGAGAAUUAUGUGGAAUAUAAUCGGAAGGGAAAGGUGAUAAAAGGAAUUGAGAGGGCUGCCAUCAAGAGUAAAUACGAAGAAGACGUGCAUCCGGGGAAUCAUACUUCAGUAUUUGGGAGUUGGUACAAGAACAGGAAAUGGGGAUACAAAUGUUGUCACUCAACCAUCAAGAACUCGUAUUGUUUGGGAGAACAGGGAAUCGAAUUGGAACAACAGUUACCUUCAGAUCAGAUGGAGAGACGGAUUAAUGCCUUCAAGAAGACUGGAGAUACGGAGAAGAAGGUAGAAAAGGACAAACAGGAGCGGAAAAAAGACAAGAAAGCGGAAAAGAAGGAUGAAGAAGAAGGGAAGUCAGAGGACAGCUCUGGAUCUUCAACAUCAUCUGGUUCAGAUUCGGAUUCAGAUGCAGAAUCAUCGAACAAGGAAAAGAGGAAGUCAAAGGGAAAGAAGGCGGAAUCAGAAUCUUCGUCAUCUUCAGAAUCCGAAUCAGAAGAAGCGAAACAAAGAAAAAAGGACAAAGAAGUAAAGAAGGCCAUCAAAAAGCUGAAAAAACAAAAAUUGGAAGCCAUUAGGGAGAAUAAAGAAGAAGAGUUGAACGAAAGAAAGAGGAAGUACAACUCCCAUUACGAGGAAUUCGGAAAGAAACCCACAGAAGCCGAAACAGAAGCCUACAAUCUGACCAAAACAAUCUCGGCAGAUCCCAUGGCAGCUCAAGUAGAAGAACGGUGGGCCAAGAAGGCGAAGAAGAGCAAAAAAUAA